CUCAAGGCUUUCAUCUUCGUAUAAUACAAAUGCAAUACAAAAUCAUAAUAUUGAGGAUAUGAGAAAAGAAUAUGUUUCUCUUGCUUUUCAAGAUCUAUGCCUAAAACAAGAAGAAAACGAUCCAGAAGAAAUUCUCAACAGCACGCAAAUCCAGAACUACAAGAAUUAA